AUGGCUGACCCGGUGGCUCACUGGUGUAGUGUACCUCAGUUGAGCCACCUCACGGUUGAGCUUAGGCGCCAUCUUGCCAUUCCUCUGAAGGCUGGCCAGAACAACAGUUGGGAAGAGUGCAGUAGAUAUCGUGCUAACUGGAGCGAAGUGGGUGUUGUGGAUCAUCCAGACCCGGCGUGGCCAGUGGAACCCUGCACCGAUGGCUGGGAGUUUGAGGAAGAUAAAAAUUUGUCUUCCAUCGUCAAGGAUUUUGAACUAGUCUGCGGCAAGGAUAUCUACCCAACUAUUGGAUUAGCCGGUUUGAAUCUUGGUGGACCACUUGGUGUUUAUAUCUUUGGCACUAUUAACGACAGGAUGGGAAGGAGGCUGUCUUUCUUCCUGUGCUUGUUCGUUCUGAUUGGAGGGAACGUGCUCACUGCUUUGGCCACGGACUUCUGGAGUUGGGCCGUAGCUCGUUUCAUUGCUGGUUUGACGAUUCCUGCGGUUUACCAAAUACCAUUCAUUAUUUCCCUGGAACUGGUGGGCCCAAACUACCGUUCCUUCGUCACCGUCCUCACCUGCCUGUCUUACACCUUGGGGUUGGUCUUGCUGUCGCUCGUCACCUACCUCAUUCGCGAUUGGCGGCUGCUGGCUUACAUCACUUCCCUUCCGUUCCUUCUCUAUUACCUGUACUGGUGGUUCCUACCUGAGUCUCCGAGAUGGCUACUGGCGAAGGGGAGGUUGGUCGAAGCUUUGGCCAUCCUAGAAACUCUUGCGAGAGUUAAUGGUCAUUCACUGCCAGAAACAUUCAAACAUAAACUUAAAUGUCGCAUGAUGCUCCAGAGGACACUAAGUGAGGAACAGAAGCUUAAGAAGGGACCUGGAGUGAGCUCUCUAUGUCGAACACCCAAUAUGAGGCUCAAGACCACGCUUAUAACACUCAACUGGUUUGCAAAUGAAAUGGUAUACGUAGGAUUAAGCUAUUAUGGCCCUGCACUUGGUGAUGAUCAGUACCUCAGCUUCCUGCUGUCUUGUUUGGUUGAAGUCCCAUCCUACCUGAUUUGUUGGUUACUCAUGGAUCGCUGUGGAAGAAGAUGGCCUCUUUCUCUCACUAUGUGUUUAUCUGGAGUGGCUUCUCUUGUCACUGUUCUACUGCCACAGGAUGCAGUUAUGCUUACACUCAUAUUAUACCUAGUUUCAAAGGCUAGUAUUUCUGCAUCAUUCCUCAUCAUUUAUCCGUUUGCUGGUGAGCUAUAUCCUACUGAAGUUCGAGGGCUUGGCAUUGGUUUAUCAGCUUACAUUGCAGGAUUAGGACUCAUCAUUAUACCAUUUGUAAACUAUUUGGGGCGUGAGCUAUUGGCUCUACCUUUGGCGAUUCUUGGUGUGAUAUCAAUCAUCGGUGGGCUCAGCAGUUUGAGAUUACCGGAGACCCUCAACUCCAGCCUGCCUCAAACUGUGGAAGAAGGAGAAGAAUUUGGUAAAGAAUGGAGUAUGCAAGACUGUUUUCAGUGUACGCCACAACCAAGAAUUAGCAAUUCUAGUUCAUAUGAAGAUUUGGAUAAUGUAGAAAUGGAUACAGUUCCUGAACUUCCUACUACGAAUGUUAAACCUCGCCUUGUAAGGCAGGCAUCCAUCCUUGAAACUCCUCUCGACUCUUCAGGCAGUAUGAAGAUUACUUAUUGGUUUUAACUUGAAAAUAAGAAAAAAGAAAAUUUCUUCCGCACAAGACUGCCUAUGAAUGGAUAUUUAACCUCU